AUGCGAGAGGACAGAACGCGCCGAGUCGAGCGCAUUUGCACAGUGGUGGUCGCGGAAGGAUAUAUGCGCGAUGAGGUUCUCCUCAAUCUCGAUGCGGUGCGACCGGAGGUGCGGCCGGGAAUGCUGAUGGCCAUCUCCGCGAUCAAAUCCGAAACUGCAAAAGCUUCUGGCGGCCACGGUAGCUUGACUAGGCAAACUCAGGACGCCAAUGAGGCCUCCAAGGCGGCUGCGGCGCUGGCCAAGGACCGGACCGCGCUUGGUCAUCGCUAUAUUUUCGUCGUCAAGGAUAUGCCUAGAGAGAUGAAAGCGCGUAACCAAGAUGCAGAGGUCUGUAUUGUUCGCCAUAUUUCAGAUGCUUUCGGGAUGAAACGAGGAAGUCAAGUUCUUCUCACUCCUGUUGACGAGCACCAUCGCGCAAUGGAGGCGUCGCAUGUCGAGCUCUGUUUCAAAGACGAAUACCUAUCACGGGCAGACAUGUGGCGCCUGGCCGUAGAUGAACUUACAGAGCGCACAGUAUACAAGGGGCAAUCGAUAUUGUUCAUGGGUACCAUCAAAGCCCAAAUUACUGCCGUGUUUGUUGAAGGCGAAAGCGUGCAUUCUGGUCUCUUUGUUCGCGAUACUCGACCCAUAUUCCGAAGCGAAUCCGCCAGAUAUGUCUUGUUUAUACAAAUGGCAAGGGAGAUGUGGGACUUCGAUACCGAGACGUCUGGAGAGAUCAUGUUCAACCGCGUCGUCAACGGCUUCCUGCCUGCUUUAUUCAAGCGCUGGGCUCUGCUAAAGGUCAAGCACCUCGUCAGCAUUGUAUUGUUUGCGCGCGUGGAAUACGACACUGGCCUUGCAUCUGAUCUGGGCAGCGAAAGCCUUCUGGACGAAUACUUUACUGGAGUACAGCCCUUUGGCAACAAGCGACCGUACAAAGACUUUUACCGCGUGGUUGUUAGCGACAUGUCCAGCGGCGAAUGGACCAAGAUUCUAUAUCAGCUCAAGAGAGAGUUCAACUUCUUUCGCCGAGACAUAAGCCUCCACCACCAGAGCGUGCCUCUUUCUGGUGAAACCAAGUCCAGCGGCGAAGGGGAUGUAGACGCACUGACGGCUUUGACUCGCAUCAAAGCUGAGCCCUCUCUAGCCAUUCAUGGCAACGUUCUGGAGGCCAUCCACCUUGCGUCAUCCCAGUAUGCCCAUGAUUACAUUGAUCGAGAUCUCAAUAGAACCGGCAUCUCGAUCGCUGUCAUCACGCCAGGCCCAGGCAUCUUUGAAGUCGACUAUGAAACUUUGCGACGCACAACAGAGGCACUCGUGGGGAACGGCAUAGGCAUUGAUCUGAUCUGCCUACCAGGAAUGCCUCUUCACUCCGUCCCCCUCUUCAAGUACCCGAAUCCUCAUUUUUCGGAUGAGAGCACGAAACAUCGAAACACUCUUUCCAGGUCAUUCCAUAGCCACAACAGUACUGGAAGCCAUCCAACUCCAAUCAUUGGCAGUUACCAGUCUCAAACCGACUCGUUCUCUCCCACCAAGAUAUCGCAGAACAUGAUGAGACACGUUGAGUCACUUGCAUCAACGCGGAACGCUGAAGAGUGGAGUUGUGCUCUGCCUCAGUGGCUGCAUGUUUCGUUCUGGACGGGUCGCGACGAGUCGUUGGCAUAUGAGGGUAUUGCCCUCUCUGUUUCAACUGCCAAAAGUAUGAAUGACGACGAUUUCGAAAUGCGAUGCCGAAUGUAUGGGCUCCAGAUGAGAAGCGCGCUAGACACCAACGAGAUUGAGACGGCAGCCUUGAGCUCUGAUCCUAACUUUCCCACAAAAGCAUCACUGUCAUCGAAAAAGCGACAAGACUUUGCGUCAGAAAGCCUGUACGUGCCCUGCCGUAAGGCCCAGGAAGCCCUCGGAGACAGUGUGUAUGGCUUUCAAAAGUUUGUGCCUGAAAAAAUAGCGCGUACUGGAGAUUUAACGCUCUGGAAGAAGCUGCAGGCAUUUGAUGACUCUCGAGCCAAGCUCUCGACACCUAAACGUCGCCCACACCAUCACAAGCCAGUCCAUGAUACAGAUGAGGUGUCACGGAAAUAUCAGGCUGAUGACACCGCUUUGCUCGGGACUUCUGUUCCGGAUCGAGCAACGCUCCAUCCACCGCCGCACCAGACCCCCCGCAAGUUUUCUAUGGCUGAGCCAGAGCGUCCAUCACCAACAGCCGUUCAAAGGCCUUCUGAGCCUCCCAAGAAGAGCCUCAGCAAGACACCCUCGGCAUCAUCCUUCACGGCUAGACAGCCUAAACUGAUGCGUCAUAUUAGCCUAGGGCAGCGUGGCUUUGGCAUUGCUGCCCCGAAAGCAGCUAUAGCGGAACUUAAAGUCGAGACUGUCAAUGCAUCUCCCGCCUUCUCUUCUGACAUACGGAAUUCUUCUAAUUCUCGACCACUUUCUGACAUGAGGCCAUCAACACCAGGAAGCAUACGAAGCCAGUCGUCAACACUCACAGCUAAGAGAGUCAAGUUAAUCAAGUCGGAUCUGAACGAGCUAACGUCCGAAACGCCAUUACCAACUCCAAGCAUUCCGAUUGUGCAUAAAGAAGGACAUACUAAAGAUGGUCCGGCCAAUAGCACUUUGAAGCAGCCGGCACCCACCUUGACACCAUCCAAGUCACGCGAUAGAUUGCGGGGUGAAUCAGAGCUACGCUAUUCGAAUUUUAUUCGUUCCGAAGAUGUCCAAAAGAUGUACAAUAACAAGCUGAGGGCUGGCGUCGCUCCCGGGUUGCAGCUGCAACCCGAACUUCCAGUCACACUAUCGCCAACAGCGGCGAUCACCCCGUGGCUUACAUUGCUAAACCCCUCCAAUCCAGAGAAAUAUCGCAUCGACGAUGCGAUUCUAUAUAGCCGCUGGCAACAUGUGUUUCCGAAGCCCUCCGAAAUGAGAACACAAAAGUGGAAGACUCUUUGCUGCCCUGCCUCCGUCCCUUUGACAACGGAAUACUUUCCUACAAAGGCACAAUUCGAUGCUGAGUACCAGCGUCAUCCUUAUAUUGUGGAUCAAAACACCGACGACGACAACGAGCCCAUGUCGCGCAAAGACUUUAUGAAGGAACUGAUCAGCCUCCGCUUCUCACAAGGCUUUCAGGUUGUCGUAGGCUCGGCCGUUGCCAAAGCCUUUGGGCAGAAGAUUAUCAAAAUCGCAGACAUAUUUUCACGAGAUCAGACCUUUGACGAUGGAAACAGCGUCUUCAUGUCAGUGGGAAACACCAUUCACCAGCUUUCUUGCGUCAACAGCAGCGAGAUUGAAGUCAACAUCUUUCUACGAAAGCCAGCGCAGACAGCUGCGGAGUUCUCUACACUGUACAAGCCUGCCGUUCAAACAAUACUGGACUCCACAUACGAAACGAGAUCCAUUGAGAUGCUCAAUCCUAAACCGGAGAGGAACUGGAACACGAUUGAUUCAUACUUGGCAGGGCACCACGAAGAACUUAUGGAAAGCUUACGAUUCUGGCGAACAAGAUACGUGCUCAUCCCUCUGAGCAUGAGAUAUUCUGCUUCAACCAAAAAUCAUCUUGAAGACAACCCCGAGGAGGUCCGCAUCGAGGGCAUUCAGAGACUGGCUCAGCUGUGGAAGAAGCAUCGGUACGUCUCGGCAUCAGAACGGAGAUUUCAGGGCCCGGCUCGAAGCCGUAUUCUGGACCGCAGCCCCUUGAAUAUCAUCUAUAAAACCGACGAUCCUUCACUAGUCGUUGCAGUGGAGCUUGGCAACCUUCCAACACUUGAAAACGCCGAAUAUUCUUCGAGCAAGGGAAAUCUGAUUGUCCGAAAAGAUUUGUUCAGACGUUCAAAUUUGAACCUGACGGCUUUGGCCGAGGCUCUGCAGCAGCCAAUCGAAAACGGCGGUGUUCCUCUACGGAACAGGCGCUGGCAUCUCCGCACGCAUUACAAUUCCUUCAUUGGGUCAGACAUGACGACGUGGCUCUUGAAGAAUUUCGAGGAUCUUGAGAACCGCGAAGAGGCGGAAGACUUGGGUAACGCGCUCAUGGUUACGACUUCAAAGGACAAGGACAAGGAGCAGAGCAAGGACGAAGACGCUGAAAAGGGCGGUGAUGCAAAGAAUGAGAAGCCUCGCGGCCUCUUUAUGCACGUCGAAAAGAGACAUCAAUUCCGCGAUGGAAACUAUUACUACCAGAUUGUUCCAGAGUUUGCCAAGGCCCAACCAGGCUGGUUUGGUAGCAGGAAGAAAGAUGCUGUAUCAUCACCAGCCGAUAACAGCCGUGACUCGUCGCGGCCUUCUGUUCCUCGUUCUGUUGCCACCACCGAGGAGCCUUCCCUCGGAGCACCUUCUCCAAGCGGCAUCCAUGUUCCUGGCGCCAACAAAGCCCCAAACUCCAACCUGCCGGUUAUACAGCUCAGCAAGGUUUUAAAGUACGACGUGGAUCAUCGGAAAAGAUCAUAUCGGCCUGAACGCAUUGAUUUGCAUUACGAUCGCUUGCACAAUCCCGACAAUUGCUUCCAUAUCCGCAUCGACUGGAUGAAUACGACGGCAAAACUCGUCUCGGACUGUGUAGAGGUAUGGGAGCGGGAGGCGAGCCAGUACGGUCUGCGUCUUGUGGAACUGCCCAUCAAGGAAGCGUGUCGCAUUACGGAAGCUAAUCCUUUUCGUAAACCACACGAAAUCAAGCUCGUCGUCCCACCGCCACAACAGAUGCCAGAGACGUACCUCGACCCAAACUCGCUUGGUCCGGUAAGGGUGCAUAGUAGACACUUUUACCAGACUGCGAUCCUCAAACACUUUGACUUUGUUCUGGACAUGGAGGCGGCGUCGAGCUUCCCGAGCAACGUUGAAAUUCGCUACUCGUGGGGCAAGCCCGACUUUAAGUACACGCAGUACAUUCAUCGGACCGGCUUGCUGCUCGCGCAAAUCACGGACGAGGGCCAAUUUCUGGUGCUGGCCAACAGACUCUACAGCAAGCGAGUAUCCUUGGCCAGAGAAAAGGAGCUGCGGGUGCAGUCCAACGUCGAGGUCGCCCCCUUGUCAACCGCGGAAAGGAGCGCACGCCUCUUGUCGCUGGGUGGCUUCGCGUCGUCAAUGGCCAUGGCAGUGGCUGACCCGACGCCCGUCUCGUCGCCGAUUGCGCGUCCCACGUUUGGCCAGUUUUCCCCGGCCUUGGGACCCAGUGACGGUCAAUCCCCGGGCCCCUCGCAGCCAAAGCCGGCGCAUGCGCACCGCGACAGCAGCAGUCACCCUCAGCGGCCGCUUCACCACUACCACCGCUACCUCCAUCCUCUGCAGCAGCUCAUGGAACCCGAGGCCAUCAAGGACAUGCUGGAAGCGUUCUGCAAGGACCCGGAAGCGCUCGAGUCGUUUUACCGCGAUAUUCUGGAGCGAGGCGAGCGCGUUCCCGGUACCCCCAUGACGGCGUCCACCGUGCUGUCGGCGCCGACGCAGGAUCAAGUGCCCGAGUCGAGCAUUCCUUCGCUUGGCCUGCCGCCGGGCGUGCUGGCUGCGCAUCAGGAGCUCUUGAACGGCGCGGAUGGCAAUAAUGGGUCUGCUGGCGGUGGUCUGUCGGCUAGCAUUCGCGGGAGUGUUGGCAGCCCAAUGUCCAUUUUGCGUCGAGGCAGUGUUCAGUAUGAUGGGCAGGGGCUUGGCUCAAGGAACAAUAAUUAA